AUGCUUAAAAGUGUGUGUCCAGUUCAAAAAUGCUUGCCUGAGAACUAUUACCAAGCAACACAAUUGAUGUCUAAGUUAGGGCUAAAGGUUGAGAAGAUCGAUUGUUGUAAGAAUGGUUGUAUGUUAUAUUACAAGGAUGAUAGCAAGUUGUUAGAGUGCAAAUUUUGUAACGCUCCUAGGUACAUUCCUCGCAAGACCGGAAUGGGAAAGUACAAAGAUAUUCCAGUGAAGAGAAUGUUUUAUUUCCCAAUCAUUCCUAGAUUACAAAGACUAUAUGCUUCAACCGAGUCGGCAAAUGAAAUGAGAUGGCAUCACAUGAACACAAGUAGUUCCAAUGUCCUUCGCCAUCCGUCUGAUGGAAAAGCUUGGAAACACUUUGAUGAUGUAUAUCCUGACUUUGCAAGGGAACCCCGAAAUGUAAGGUUGGGUCUGUGUUCAGAUGGAUUUACUCCUUACAUUCAAGCGUCUGCUUCUCCAUACUCAUGUUGGCCAAUAAUAGUUACUCCUUACAAUCUUCCCCCUGAAAUGUGCAUGACCAAACCAUACUUGUUUUUGGCUUGUCUCAUACCUGGACCUAAAAACCCUAAAUUGAAGAUAGAUGUCUAUUUACAACCAUUGAUUGAUGAUCUACGUCGAUUGUGGUCUGAUGGAAUUUUGACCUAUAAUAUAUCUACCAAACAAAACUUCAUAAUGAAAGCCUGCUUGAUGUGGACAAUUAAUGAUUUUCCGGCCUAUGGUAUGUUAUCUGGAUGGGGAACACAAGGUAAAUUGGCAUGCCCUCAUUGUAUGGAAUACACUGAUGCUUUCACCUUGAAAAGUGGCCAUAAGAAUUCUUGGUUUGACUGUCAUCGUCGUUUCUUGCCACCUAAUCACUCCUUCAGAAGGAGUAAAAGAAGUUUCAUAAAAAAUAGGGUUGUGAAAGACGGGCCACCUCCCAUAUUCACAGGGCAAGAUAUAUGGGCGAUAAUAAGUCAUUUUCCAAAAGUGACUGAAAUUGGAUGGGAAGCAAAAUGGAAAGAGUUCGAAGGGUAUGGAGUGAAUCAUAAUUGGAAAAAGCGAAGUAUUUUUUGGGAUCACCCAUAUUGGAAGGAUAACUUGUUAAGGCAUAACCUUGAUGUGAUGCACAUAGAAAAAAAUGUCUUCGAUAAUAUAUUUAACACUGUCAUGAAUGUUAAGGACAAAACAAAGGAUAAUGAAAAGGCGAGAGAAGACUUGGCUGAAUUAUGCAUUCGCGGGGACUUGGAGCUCCAACCCUUAGAAAACGGAAAGAAUGGUAAACCAAAGGCCAGCUACACUCUGACCAAAUCUGAAGCCAAGUUAGUUUGUAAAUGGCUUAAAGAAUUGAGAAUGCCAGAUGGCUAUGCUUCAAAUCUUAGUAGGUGUGCCAAUGUCGAAAAUGGUACAGUGCAUGGGAUGAAGAGCCAUGACUGCCAUGUUUUCAUGGAGUGUUUACUCCCAAUUGCUUUCCAUUCAUUGCCUGAUUUGGUUUGGAAACCAUUAACAGAGCUAAGUCGAUUCUUUAAAGAUCUUUGUUGCAAUACGUUGAGGAUGGAUGACUUAGUUAAGUUGGAUGAAAAUAUUUCAAUUAUCAUAUGCAAGUUAGAAAGGGUUUUUCCACCGAGUUUCUUUGACUCGAUGGAGCAUCUUCCAAUCCAUCUUGCCAAAGAAGCAAUUCUUGGUGGUCCAGUACAAUACCGAUGGAUGUAUCCAUUCGAAAGCAUAUUCUUAGAGAACCACUCUAUAAAUAUAGAAGACUCAUCUGGACGCAUACAUACUGAGUUUCCCAUAUGGCUAGAGAAAUAUGUAAAUGAGGAGACAAAUGGAGUUACUAACCAAGAUAUAAUCGCCUUGUCUCGUAGUCCUGCAUCAAUGGCCAUUUCAUGGAACAUCUAUUUUAUCAAUGGGUACAAGUUUCAUACUGAAGAAUGGAGCAAGGGUAGAAAAACUGUCAAUUGUGGUGUGCACGUGAAAGGUCUUGCAGAAGGAGGAAAAAAUGAUUUUUAUGGAAUAAUCAAACAUAUCUUUGAGCUAGAUUACUUUGGUCUGAAGGAGAAGAUUCCAGUUUUUUAUUGUGAAUGGUUUGACCCAACAAAGAAUACUGGGACAAAGGUUCAUCCACAAUAUAAAAUUGUAAAUAUUAAGAUGGAUAAACGUUAUCGCCCUUAUGACCCUUUCAUCCUUGCGCAGAAUGCAAGACAAGUGUAUUAUGUCCCCUAUCCUGAAAUGUGUAGAGAUAUGCAUGGAUGGUGUGCGGCAAUCACCACAAAACCAAGGGGUCGCGUUGAGAUUGACAACAUAGAGGAUGAAGUGCCUUAUCAAUCUGAUGGGAUGUUACCCGUGCUAUCGAGUGUAGAAAUUGAAUCAAUAUCUUGUUUGCGUGAUAACUCACAAGUAGAUGUGUUUGAAGAGAUUUUCGAUCGUUCUCAUAGUGAAACGAACAAAGGAUAUUGA